AUGAAAGGUGUAAUGAGAUUUGGGAAGAAAAUAAAGCUUAGCCCAAAGUAUAUUGGUCUAUAUGAAAUUUUGCAAAGGAUAGGCAAAGUAGCUUAUAGGUUGGCCUUACAUAUGGAGCUAAGUAAAGUACAUGAUGUAUUUCAUGUAUCUCAGUUAAGGAGGUAUAUCCCUGAUAAGUCACAUGCGCUACAACCUGAAACCAUUGAAAUAGAUCAAAGCUUAACUUAUGAGGAAAGACCUGUCAAGAUCCUUGACAGUAAAGUGUGUAGUACACGCAAUAAGGAAGUUAAGAUUAUUAAAGUGCUAUGGUCUAACCAAGAGUAUGAGGAAGCAACUUGGGAAGCUGAGGAUGAGAUGAAAAAGAAAUAUCCCGAGUUAUUUAAGGUAUGUUGA